CGUCAAAAUAACCUCCUCUGCGGGAAUUCGAAACUCACCGAAAGCUUUGUUUUACAACGCGUUUUCGAGAAUCCAAUUCCCAGGUUGGUUCAUUUCGCUGAGAGAGAAAUGGGGCUGCUAUCCAACAGAGUGGAUAGGGGGAGCCUGAAACCAGGGGAUCACAUAUACUCGUGGAGAUCUGCUUAUAUUUAUGCUCAUCACGGUAUCUAUGUUGGGGAUGACAAAGUCAUUCAUUUUACUAGACGUGGCCAAGAAGUAGGAACUGGGACUGUGCUGGAUGUCCUGUUGAUUAGCUCAGGACCAACCCGACCUCAACUGCCCUGCCCCACUUGCACUCCACCAGAAGACGGGAACGGUGUCUUCUCCUCAUGCCUGAACUGCUUCCUUGCCGGUGGUGUUUUGUACCGUUUCGAGUAUGCCGUCAGCCCCGCUCUCUUUCUUGCAAAAGCACGUGGUGGGACGUGCACUCUUGCAGCCUCCGACCCAGACGAUGUUGUGGUUCAUCGAGCAAAGUACCUGGUUGACAACGGCUUUGGUUGCUACAAUGUAUUCAAGAACAACUGUGAGGACUUUGCCAUCUACUGCAAAACCGGGCUUCUUGUGGUGGAUCAAGGAAGAGUUGGGCAGAGUGGGCAAGCAGUUUCUAUUAUAGGGGGGCCUCUGGCAGCCGUUUUAUCAACACCACUGCGGCUUGUUACUACCAAUGUUUAUGGAAUGGCUGCUACAGCUGCUACAGUAUACUGUGCUAGUAGGUAUUACGGUGACAUUGGGUUUAGGAGGGAUGUAGUGAAGGUCUCAGUAGAGGAUCUGACAAGGAGGCUGGCGAUAGGCUCACUACAGGUGGUUGAGCCUCAAAUUACUCCUGCCCGUGGGUCUCCUCCCCAGCUUCUCACUUAAUAAUUUAUCAAAUGUUAUCUUUGUUCGUGACCGGGUUUAAUAAUUUGUUGGGACCAUUGGUUCCCAAUAUAUGAAUAGUGGGCCUCUUGUCUCUUGUUACUUGAAUGUGCAAGUAUUUAUUAUGACAUUUGCUUCGCUUGUUCUGAA